CUGAAACCAGAUAUCCAGUUUCUAUUACUUUUUGAAGAAUAAACUCGCAUUAGCUGUGUUUCAUCCAGACCUACCAACAAUGGCCUCUCACCAGUAUUAUCCGCCUGGCGUCCAUCUGCCUCACUUUGUCGCUAAUGAGACCUCGGUGGUCUCCCUAAUUGCUCAAUUUGGGGUUCUCUGGGCUGCCUUCCUGGGGGGUGGCUUUCUCAUAAUACGCCGUGUGCGUCCUACAGCAAGUCGAUCGGAUAAGCUGGCUUUCGUAUGGAUGAGCCUGACGGGAUUUAUUCAUCUGUUCUUCGAAGCCUACUUCGUCAUCCACCAUGAGCCCCUUGCCGGCUUCCAGACGUUGUUCGGUCAGCUAUGGAAGGAGUAUUCUCUGUCGGACUCUCGCUACCUGACAUCGGACGCUUUCCUCGUGUGCAUGGAAGCUAUAACUGCUUUCUGCUGGGGACCCCUCGCCUUCUUUCUUGCCUACUCCAUCGCGGUGCAGCAUCCCGCUCGCCAUGCCAUCCAGCUGCUGAUGUCCACUGGUCAGGUGUACGGGGACAUUCUUUAUUACGGCACCAGCUUGUUUGAUCACUACGUGCACGGAGUGUCCUACUGCCGACCGGAAGCGUACUACUUUUGGUUCUAUUACUUCUUCUUCAACUUCAUCUGGUUGUUUGUCGGGUCUUACUAUAUGAAACAGAGCGUUGUGGAGAUUUACAAGGUUUUCAAAAAGGCGCAGGAGUCCGAAUCGUUGCGCAAAAGAAAUUGAGGUAUAGAUUGUACAUGAAGGAUCCCAAGCUAGAAAAUAUCGUGAAAAUGGGAAUGUGUGCUGGCUAACCCAUGAAGGGUACAUUGCAGGCUUCCUACCAGUUAAGUGUGUAGAAUAAUUCAAUUCAUCAUUUCAAGCCACAGUGGUAUAAUGCAUGCUGUCUAUUAGAGUUCUGUAGUACCAC